AUGAGUCAAGCACUUAUUCAGAAUUUUGAAUACACUGCGGCUCACAUCAAAGAUUUUAUUGAUGAAGAUAAGUUAUUUUCUACAUUCGAAAUAGAAGACAUCACUCAAAUCAUGAAAUUUGCAAAUUUGAUAACAAACGACUUCAUCAGCAUUCUGAAACAAUCACAAUUUACAGUCAAAGCAAACAAAUUAUAUAUGUGUAUUCGAAGCGCAAAUGUUUCUAUACAAAACUAUGAAGAUGCCAUCAAAAUACUUAAGUCAUCUAAGAAAUACCUUAAACUGACAUUUCUUGAUGGAGUUAUUGAUUUUUUAAUGCACUCACAAAAUGUUCCAUGUGAUUAUACAGAGAAAAUUCAAACUAUUCAAAUGCUUAAGCAUUUGAAAUAA